AUGACACAGACUACUAACGGAUACCAGGCUGCACCGCUCAACGGAGGCGUGUGGACGCCACUGGCGACACCGUUCCUUGCGGACGAGGAAAUCGACUAUGCCGCCUGGAAGACGCAUGUGCUCCGUCUUGCUGGUUCCGGCUCCGGACUGGUCAUUAUGGGUACCAAUGGUGAAGCGAUCCAUCUCUCUACGCCGGAACGAUUCGAACUGGUGCGAUCCGCACGCGAGUACCUCGCUGAAGCCGGACUCUCUUCGACCCAGAUCAUUGCCGGUACGGGCACGGGGUCGGUCAAAGAGACGAUUGCCAACUGUCGCGAUGCAGCCCGCGCAGGUGCAGAUGCAGCCAUCGUGAUCCUUCCGGGCUACUUUGCAGGCGCCAUGGCCAAGGACCGUUUCGCGGUCAAGCAGUUCUUCACGACCGUUGCGGACGAGUCGCCCAUCCCGGUGAUGGUAUACAACUUCCCCGCGUGCGUGGGCGGUGUGGAUUUGGAUUCGGACCAGCUCAUCGAGAUCGCCCAACACCCCAACAUCUGCGGCACCAAACUCACCUGCGCCUCCAUCGGCAAAGCCUCGCGCGUAGCAGCUGCAAUCACCCGACCCGGAUUCCACGUAUGGAGCGGCUUUGCAGACAUCAUCAUCCCCGGAAUGAUGGCCGGCAUGAACGGAGUCAUCGCAGGCUCGGGUAACAUCAUCCCCAGGACCCUCGUCCAUCUCUACAACCUCACAAACCAGGCGAUCGAUGAAAAGGACUGGACCAAGUUGCAGCAGGCCCAGCAGGUGCAGAAGAUCGUCAGCCAUGCAGACUGGGUCCUGUUCAAGGCGGGGAUUCCGGGCACCAAGGCGGCGCUCGAGAGGUGGUAUUACCCCGCGGGGGUGUGCAGGAUGCCCCUCCAACCGGCAAGCAAGGAGGUCAGAGCAAUGCUCGAGGCCGAACUCAAACAGGCACUCGAGUUCGAACGCCAGCUCGAAUCCAAGGCCAACGUCACCCCCGCCAAGCCCUAG